GUUUUGCUGCUACGGCUACUAUUGCUAUUAUUGCGAUAGAAUAGCCGCAGUGUUGUUCCCAAACAAAUUUUUUUGCUGUCAUUUUUUUUCUCGGUAUAGUCACGCAAUUGAUAAAACGAAUCAAAUGUGACCCACUCAAGUGUUGCACAGUGAAUCGUGUUCAGUUUUGGUAUUUAAAAUUAAGUAAAUUAUCAUUGCGACGACACAACAGCGAUAAAUAUGAGAAAAAUGUUGCGGAUGCGCCGAAAAUUUGCAUUGAUUUUAUGUGCAAUUUGUUUUUCCGUAUUUAUUUUCAUCUAUUUUCUACUGAAUCACUCCAUUGCUAAUGAGAAAAAUGACGCGACAAAAUUUCAACAAAGUUCGUCGAAAAGUGUGAAUCACAAACAUCGAGGUGAUAGUGGUGAUGUGCCGGCGAAACGGAUGAAAAAACAAGAAACUGAAAUCAUGCGAAAUGAAAUCAUGCCCGAAAGACCGGCAAUAGAAGCACCGUUUCAUGGCGACAAUCAAAAUUCACAGUGCAGAUUUCGAACGGAUAUUGAACCAAAGCCAGACAUUCAAAUGUUAGAUGUAUAUGAAACCAUUCCAUUUGAAAAUGCCGACGGUGGACCAUGGAAACAAGGCUGGAGAGUCACUUACGAUGAACACGAAUGGAAUAGCCAUCAUAAAUUGAAAGUAUUUGUUGUUCCACACUCUCACAACGAUCCCGGCUGGAUAAAGACUUUUGAUGAAUACUACGAUCAAUUGACCAAAUCGAUUUUAACCAAUAUGCUGUCGCAUUUGAUUGAAAAUCCAGAUAUGACAUUCAUUUGGGCGGAAAUUUCAUACUUCUCGAGGUGGUACGAGAAUUUGUCGACGGAUGAAAAAGACGAUGUGAAAACAUUGCUGAAGCGACGUCAAUUGGAAUUCGUAACCGGUGGUUGGGUCAUGCCGGACGAGGCCAAUUCACAUUGGUUGAGUAUCCUACAGCAGUUGACAGAAGGACAGACUUGGCUAAAAACUCACUUGAAUGUUACACCGAAAUCAUCGUGGUCGAUCGACCCAUUUGGCCAAAGUUCGGUGAUGGCAUUGAUACUGAAAGGUGCCGAUUUUGAGAAUAUGCUCAUACAGAGAACACAUUAUGAAGUGAAAAAAUAUUUAGCUAAACGAAAGCAGCUCGAAUUUCGUUGGCGUCAACUCUGGGAUUCGAACGGUGACACAGACAUUUUCGCGCAUAUGAUGCCAUUUUAUUCAUAUGAUGUGCCCCAUACUUGCGGACCAGAUCCCAAGGUUUGCUGUCAAUUUGAUUUCAAGCGUUUGCCAGGUUAUGGUCUUACAUGUCCAUGGCGCAUACCACCGCGUCCCAUUGAUGAUUCAAACGUUAAGAAACGUUCCGAACUCAUUGUCGAUCAAUGGAAGAAAAAGGCGACACUUUAUAAAACACGAGCGCUUUUAAUUCCAUUGGGCGAUGAUUUUCGAUAUAAUCAAAACACGGAAUGGGAAGCACAGCGAAAAAACUUUGAGAAAUUAUUCGAAUUCAUCAACAAUGAGCCAUCGUUGCAUGUUGAGGUGAAAUUUGGCACACUCCAAGAGUAUUUCGAUGCGGUUCAUGCUGAGAAGAAGCUACACGAAUUUCCAUCGCUGAGCGGUGAUUUCUUUACAUAUGCCGAUCGAGAGGACCAUUAUUGGAGCGGAUACUUUACAUCAAGACCCUAUCACAAGCGACUUGACCGAAUUCUGUUGAAUUACUUGAGAUCGGCUGAAAUGCUUCAUGCCUGGAGCGAUUGGAAUGAUGAAAAUCAAUUGGAAAAUCACUUGCAAGGUGCUCGUCGCGCUCUUUCACUGUUUCAACAUCACGAUGGGAUCACUGGUACUGCUCGCGAUCAUGUUGUAAAAGAUUACGAAAGACAGAUGAUGGAUGCAUUGAAAUCAUGCAAAUUCGUCAUUCAACAAGCUGCCUAUCGUCAUUUAACAAAGCCAAGUAUUUAUCAACCAGAUUACAAAUUCACCUAUUUCAAUAUCGAUGAUUCACGUACAAUUGGUAUGAAUGAUAAUCGGCCCACCAUCAUUCUGGGCGAAAGUUUACCAAUCAAAUAUGUUGUCUUGCAUAAUUCGUUGCCACGGUACCGACAAGAAAUUGUGGAUUUCCAUGUAUCGAAACCAUUUGUUAUGGUCGAAGAUUUGGAUGGCAGAGCGAUUGAAUCACAAAUUAUUCCUGUUUGGUCGUGGCAUAAAGGUGCAUACGGAACUUUGGUACCACAAGUAUCAACUACAAAAUAUCGCUUAUUGUUCAAAGCGAAAGUCCCAUCACUUGGCCUCUCCACAUACAUUAUUCGCUCUACAAAUUCUGUGUCGCAGAGUCUUGGCACCACAUUCUCGAAACUUCAAAUUUUCACACAAUUUCCGUUCUCGGUGAAUUUACCAGACUAUCCAAAUCAAGUUGAAUUCUCUGAGCCGCGUGACAUUACGCUUCGAGUUGGUAACGAAGGAUUGUCUGCAUCGUUCAAUUCAAAAGGUCUACUGAAAUCGAUGUCAACUAAUACCGAUGAACAUUUUCCGAUUCACAUGGAAUUCUUGAAAUACGGUGCGGCACGUGGCGCUGAACGAAGCGGUGCUUACUUAUUUUUGCCAGACGGACCGGCUAUACCAAUGAAACAGCCGGGCUCAAUAACUGUUUUACUUACCACCGGCAAUUUGGAAUCAAGCAUUGCCACUGGUUUGCCUUAUGUCAUUCACAAAAAUAUAUUCCGAAGCGGUGAGAAGGCAUUGGAAAUUCGAAAUAAGGUCGAUGUCGGCGAUUUAUCUAAUACCGAAAUUAUAAUGCGAAUGUCAACCGGCAUUGAAAGUAAAGAUGUAUUUUACACCGAUCUCAAUGGAUUUGAGUAUAUCAAACGUAAACGGUUCACAAAACUUCCGAUUCAAGCCAAUUAUUAUCCAAUUCCGUCGGGAAUGUAUAUCGAAGAUGAUGCAAAUCGAUUAACUCUGUUGACCGCACAACCACUUGGUGGUUCUUCGUUGGCUUCGGGAGAGAUUGAAAUAAUGCAAGACAGACGCUUGGAUCAAGACGAUAAUCGUGGAUUGGGACAAGGUGUUCAAGAUAAUGUACCGAUUUUAAACAUAUUUAAAUUGAAGGUGGAAAGUAUGUCCUCGUGUGAAAAACGUUCCGAAAAAUAUCGCGGCGGCUAUUUAACAUCAACAAUGCAUACGGAGAUGAAUCGUUUAUUGCAUCCAAUGGAGAAAUUGGUUUGGCACGAAAACGAUUGGAUCGGUGUUCAGCCAAAUUUCGGUGAAGAGCGGUCGUCACUCGAUAUUGGCACCGAAAUAGCCGUUUUGAGGAAUUUGAAGCACGUCGCAACCAAUUCACAUAAAAAAUCUACCAUGGGACUGGUCAUAAAUCGCGUACAUUUGGAACAAUGUAAAGACGAAAAUGCAAGCAGCGACACGAUCAAUAUCCACCAAACAUUGGGCAUUAAUCAAAACUUGGAUAUUUUCAAUUCAUCGUUGACCCUGCUUCGGAAAAAGUCACAAAUUAAAACACCUUCGAUGAACAUUUGUCCCAUGGAAAUUAAAGCAUUCAUAAUCAACAGAUGAUCAAAUUUAACAUGACGAGAUGAAAUUCAAAUUUAAAAAACGAACCGAAUGUCACAACAUUUUUUUUACUUCUACCUUUUUUGUCAUCAGUGUACUUUUGUUUUAGUUGUAAUAGGCUGAUUUGAUGUAAUAAUUAAUUGAUAUAGAAAAACCUCCUCUUAAAGAGGUGCACUCAUUGACUGAAUUGUGAUUAUUAGCCACUUAUUUCCUUACCUUGUAUAUAGAUAACCACUUGUGUUUUGCACAUUUAUUUAUUACGACAAGUUCAGGAACAAAACCCAAUUCACGGUUUUGUUUAGUUCAUAAAACCAUUAAACUCUAGAUUGUGUGAAAUUCAACAAAAUCAAAAAUAAUAAUUGUAAUCAUAUUAAUAAUUUUGCAUAAGAAGCAAUAAAACUUUGGAUAAUGAUUAAAAAAAAAAAAACAGUUUAUAGAAUCUGUAUACAGAUAUAGAAUCGUAUAUGAUUGGACGAAGAAAAAUUAAUAAAAUGAAAGAAAAGAUCAUACCAUUAAAAAA